AUGUUUGGAGAUGUUUGCUAUAUGCGCGAGAACACGGACAUCAACAGACAACAACAGACAACAACACCGCGGCAACAGCACAUUCCAGCCAUUGACGGCUCCGUGAUGAAGGCCCACCUACUGGCCGUGACGGUAGCAGAGGCGGCAGCGAAAGGGGCGGCUAACGGGAGAAAAUUGAUGAUGAUUGAUGGAGGUGGACAAAACAUAACUUGA